GCAGGAUACAUUUUUCUCCGUGAGCAAAACAUCGUUUUUUAUUGAUCACUAUCUUUUUAGUUUCGUUGUUUUCAUCUUCCUUUACAAUAUCAGCGAGGAAAGAAGUAUUUUCAUCACGAAUUUUCUCUAUUACCCCAUACUGUUGACGUUUACGCUUCUACAAUGGAAUCUAUCCGCCCUCAGCGACUUCAACCAGGGAUAGGAUUUGGAGCUGGAUCGACUGGGACCCUACGGUCCUCUCUCCGGCCCGGGGUUACAGUGCCAACCGCACCUCUACUGCCUCCCCCGGCCUCUCUAUUCGCUCCUUCCGGGCCGCCCCCGCCGCUUCAACUCCACAGUCUUCACGGCACUAUUGGGAGUGCAGGGCUCGGAACAGGGAUGGCUGGAUUCGGUCUAUGUAAUCCAGGGAACCCGGCAGUCUUGAAGGAGGCGGUGGAGGCUGUUGUUCGGAGCUUUGCGAAGCAUACGCAGGGCUAUGGCAGAGUGAACGUGGUGGAAGCUUUGCAAGAAUUCUGGCAGAUGAAGCAGUCAAGAGGGGCAGACCUCAGGAAUGGGGCGCUGGUGGUGUACGAGAUGGUCCCAUCAAACAACCCACCCUAUGUUUGCUACGUCAGUCUUCCAGGGGGAAGCUGCUUUGGAAGUUUCCAGUUUUGUCCAACCAAGGCUGAGGCAAGACGUAGUGCUGCCAAAAUCGCUCUGAUGAACUCGGUUUUCAACGAGCAUCCUUCCCGCCGCAUCACAGAUGACUUCAUUGAGAAGAGUGUAUGUGAGGCGCUGGCCUCCUUUAAUGGAAACAGAGAAGAGGCAGACAACCCCAGCACAGGAAUCGGGGCGUUUCGCUUCAUGCUGGAGUCCAACAAAGGAAAGUCAAUGCUGGAGUUUCAGGAAUUGAUGACAGUCUUUCAGCUACUGCACUGGAAUGGAAGCCUGAAGGCCAUGAGAGAGAGACAAUGCUCCCGUCAAGAAGUGCUGGCUCACUACUCCCAUCGGGCGCUGGAUGAUGACAUGCGUACCCAAAUGGCUGCUGAUUGGGUGAACCGGGAGCAAGGCGUGGCUGGCACCAUCGCCCAGGAGGUGGCGGCAACAGAUCGAGAACUUGAGGAAGCCAGGCUGGCUGGCCGAGAGCUGCGCUUCCACAAGGAAAAGAAGGACAUCCUGAUGCUGGCUGUUGGCCAACUGGGUGCAGCCAACAAUGCCACCCUGCCUUCAACCUGCUAGGUAUACGCUGGAUUACAUCCCCAUAACUUGAUUCACUUCUAUCUUCCCACAUUGACUUCCCCCUCGUGAUUCUCAAAAGUCUGCAUAGGUGUGGAAACAUUAUAGUAACUCUGCAUAGCUUCCACCAUAUGGCUUUUACCUAUUCAGUCCGUUCGGAGUCAAGGGCAGAUGGAAGGAAGUUGGUUGUCAGUUUGGAAUCUGGCCAUAGAGAUGGAAUGAGUCACAGGGGCCAAUACCAUUGAUUGGAUAGAGGCUAUCAAGGCAGCCAUCUAGGAGCUUUGAAUGAUAAAACAGUUAGUGUUCUUAGAUAUUUUUCUAGCCCAGUGCUAAUACACCUGAUUAAGCUAAUGAAAGUCUUGACAAUAAGUUGAUUAGUUGAAUCAGAUAUGUUAGCGCUGGUUUAGAACAAAAUCUUGCAGAUGCUAUAGGUCUUCAGGACCAGGAUUGAAGAAUUCUGUUACACAAAAGUUUAAGUAAUUGAGGUCAUUUUGUGCUGCCAUAUUAUUGGGUUUGUGUUAAUCACAUGGAAUAAUGAACUGUUACCAUUCCUCUCAUUCCUUUUCUAUGCUUGUAGACAACUCUACCACAUUUGUGGAAUUAAAGCCCAGGACCUGCCUUUGCUAAUGAUUGUACAGGACAUAAUCUCAAGGAUAUUGUCACAGAAAGAUCUUACACACCAAAAUAGACCAAUGUCUGUUGCUUAAACAUGAUCUAUCGCGCUAGAUUUUCUGCAUGAAGGACUUUUGAAAGUUAUUUGAACAUGACAUAGUUUAAGCACAUACAGUUCCAGUCAAAAGUUUGGACACACCUACUCAUUCAAGGGUUUUUCUUUAUUUUUAGUAUUUUCUAC